AUGACGGACGGCACUCCCUCGACUGUCCGGACCUCCUUUCGUGCCCGUGCUAUUAAAUGCGACAAGGCCAUACCAUGCUCCAGCUGUGGCGCUCUUGGGAUCCCUUGCCGAGCAAACGGGGUCACUGUGAGCACCCCAGAGCAUCCACAAAGAACAGCAGAAUCUGGAGAGUACGAGAAGAAAUUCGAAGCCAUCCAGGAACAACUGCUAGCGAUCCAAACGGCUCUGCAGCAGAUCACCCAAUCCGACAGCCAUCCUGCCGUCCCGCCAUCUAUUCAGCCUGCAGCUGCCCAAAUCCCCUCUACUCCAUCUGCUCCACUCUUUGAGGGUCAAUCCUCCUUUAACAAUGAGAUCCUCAUUGCCAGAGAUGCCGCCUUCUCUGCCGUGGCAACAUCUCAAUCAGGAAGAAUCGAUGACCAAGUCUCCGCCGUCUUGUCGUCGUUGCGGAACAGUCUCGAUCGACAGCAGACUUCUGCAACGGUGGUGGAGUCAUCUGCACAGUCACAAGCUGAGCUGCUGCCCCGGGAGUUCCUCAUAGCGCUCAUCAAAAAGAUCAAAGCGACACCCCCAUUCUACCUGGUCAGUAAUUCUUGGAGAGACAUGCACCAGGUUGAGUCCCUAUGCCAUGCAAUCUACUUUCCAGUUGAUCCAAUCUCAGCGGGCUCCUUGACUUUGUUGCAUGGCUUGUUGUACUACAUCAUUCGUGGCUAUCUCCAUGAGGAAUGCGCAGAGCUCGCACGCUUCAAUCUCGCCGCAUACGCAGAAUUCUGUGAACGACAAUUCUCCAACGGCCUCAACAGUUAUGAGAUGAUGCGGGAUCCUACAUUAGAGAAGAUACAGGCUCUCCUCAUUGGGAUAACCAAGGCACAAGAAGAAUCUAACCUCCAGUUAUGCUGGACUUAUCUUGCCCUGGCGUUCAACAUGUGCCAAAGCAUGGGCCUUCAUCGAAGUGCAGCGUUGAGGCAUGAUCCUUUCCCAGUCGCCGAAGCCAAACGUCAUGUGUUCUGGUCGCUCUACACCAUCGACAAGAAUCUUUCGUUGAACCUUGGUCUGGCUUCUCAUUUCCAGAAUCACGACAUUGAUGCCGAGUUCUUUACGCCGUCAGUCAAUCCGCAGUACUGUCCCUGGGAUCUGAUGACACUCACCACGAUCGACUUUGCCACCCUCCAGGGGCGUAUCUAUGACCGACUCUAUUCUACGUCCGCAGCCCAUGCCACCGAGGAAGAACGGCUGAAAGCGAUCACGGAAUUAUCAAAUGACCUGAUGUUGGCUCGUGGCCGUCUGCUGGGUAUCGAUGUGAGCCAAGGUCUUUAUGCGGAGUCACUCCAUGGAAUGGCUGCCUGCGCCGACUUCAUCACCGAGUCUGUCUUGACCGUGAUUCUUCGAGCGCAGACGCGAGCUAGUGAUGCCAUGGCAAUCACGUCUCGUUGUUAUGAGGCGGCUAUGCGAGCUUUGCAGAGUCACCUCGAGUGCUUUACUUAUUUCCGCGGUCGCAAAACUCACAAGCAGACAGAAUAUGUCAAUUGGAUUCUACUCUAUCCCUCGUUCACGCCAUUUGUUAUUGUCUUCAUACAUGCAAUUACCACUGCCAGCACUGCCCAUCUAGCAUUAUUGCAGGACACUGUCCAGUCCCUGGAGUUAUUCAAGGGGCUGUCCCGCGGUUCGGCUCGUUUGUAUACGAUCUGCGCAGCAUUCUAUCGGGCAGCACAGGUUCUGGUCUCCUCAGAAGAGAGGUUGGAAGGUAUAACUAAGAACCGCGAUGGGUCGCUCAUCAUGCCGGCGCUCGACAGGACCAUUGCGCUUCCUAAUGUCGAGUGGCCGGAGAAUGUGUUCGACUCGCACAUGAAUAGCGCGGAUCUUUCGAUGUUCCUCAACGAAUUCAUCGGAGCGAAUCGCUCGGUGAUGGAUAUUUUGAAUUCUGACUAUAUGAACGAGUCGUGA